AUGUCGACACAAGAAAAUAAUAAAACCCAAGAAGUAAAAUCUAGCAUCUAUAGAAAUCGAGAUGGUAAUUAUUCAAACAAUCCAGAAGAUGCUGAUAAUUAUUUGAUAUUUGAAGAACAAGAAUCUCCAGAAUCACCAAAUAAUUCAAAUAAUUUAUCCGACUCUCAAAGAACAAUAACCCAGAGUCAAGUAAAUUCUGAUACAGAAAUGAAGAAUAUUUACAAGACUCUUUUUUACUGGGCUUUGUUUCUUAUUGGACUUUUACUUUUUGCCGCUUGGUAUUUUUGGCAUGAUAGAAAUUUUUAUAUAACUCUCAUCGAAAGAGAGAAUGUAAAUAUCGAAAGAGAAAGUGUGAUAAUAGAUACCUUUACAGAAGGUUUAAAAAAAUUAAAACGUGAGAAAAUAAAAAUAUAG